UUGGUAUCUCCACAGGCAUGCAAGCAUUUUACAAUAUUGUCCUUUUGAUACAAGUGUUCCAUUCAUGUAAAGUGUUUUUCUUGUCUCUGCGCCGAAAUGCAGUUUGUGCUGCUGCUCCAGAUGUUUCUCUUGGGAUUCGGCCUGUCUGGGGCCAGGCCUGGGAGGAAGUUUCUGAUGAUGUUUCCCCCUUAUAAUGAUCCAACAGCGAAUGUUGGCCAUCAAGUAACCAUCACAGCUACUGGUGUUUGGACCUCAGUCACUGUGCAGGUUCUGGAAAGCAGCUUCAUGAGACACAUUUUCCUCGCUGCUAACGAGUCAAAGACGGUUCACCUGCCUGUGUCUGUGAGAAUGACCAGCAGUAACUCCUCCUUCCUCCUCAGUGUGAGGUCUCUACUGCCUAUUACGGCCCUUGCCUCAGUCUGUACCAGUAUAGGUUGUGACCACAGCCUCCUUCAUGAUGUGUCCUCCUGGGGUACCCACUACUAUCCUGUUACUCCUCACUUCCCUAACGAAAGUGUAGUCAGUCAGAUGGUGAUCACGAGUUCAGACCACAACACAUCAGUGGAUAUCUUCCUCUCAGGUGACAUGCUCUUUAAAGGCAAUGUGUACCUCAGAGGUAGUUUCCUGAAGAUGCAUAUUGGGGUGCUGCAGAGUGUUUACCUCCAAAGCAACUCCAGCCUCUCUGGCUCGGAGGUAACCUCCCUAGAAGCUGUCGGCGUCAUGGUUGGUUUUACUUGCUCCAAACACACAACUGGGCACUGCUUGUAUGGAUUUGCUCAGCUGAAACCAGCCUCUGACUGGGGUUUUGAUUACAUUAUCCCUCCCUUGGCAAACACAAGAAUGAGUUCCAGUUUCCUAUUGGCAAUGACUGCUAUUCAAUCUGAAGUGGACAUCACGACCAGCACCGGGCGAAGGAACGUGUCUCUUCUCGGUGGCAUAAUGAAGGUCAUCCCACUUGAGACCUCAGAUAAAAUCCAUAUUACCAGUGACAGUCCUCUUCAGCUCGUUUAUUUUGGACAUGACAAUGCACCCGGUCCUUCAGCACUAACAGUGCUGUUAUCUGUUGAUGAUAUCUGUCAGACUUUACCUAUGCUUUAUUCAGUUGAUAUGAGUGAGCAGCAGGAUGACAGCAGUCAGACAGUGUCUGGUGUUGAAUUCUCCCAGAACUUUACUCAGCUGCCUGAUGAUGCGGAGCCCAGCUCUCCUUACACAGACACAGAUGUGGGAUACUAUCUGAGCACCAUGAACAGACAAACAAAUCCAGCAGUAUGUGAGAAAGCUUCUUGUGUAGACUUGCAGUGUGGUCACAAACAGAAAUGUUCCAUCAAAGAUGGGAAACCACUCUGUUUUCUGAAAACUAAAAUAUGCUCUGCGUGGGGCGAUUCUUAUUACCGCACAUUUGAUGGAAGAGAUUUUGUGCUACAGGGAAACUGUAACUACACUUUAGUUCAAACUACCUGUCCAGGCUUAAAUGCAUUGGUUCCACUGCAGAUUAAUAUAGAAAGAGCAUAUUUGAACAGUGCCAGCAUCUCCACCAUCCACAUGGUGCAGAUAAGCAUCCAGGGCUUCAAUAUCUCCAUACUGAAAGGAGACAAAAAUCAUGUUAGGAUUAAUGGACAGAAGAGGAACCUGCCCCUUACCCUGGGAAACGGGUCUCUGAACCUUUAUCCAAGUGGCUCCAGCGUUGUCUUAGACACCGACAUCGGCCUGGCUCUGCAGUACGACUGGAAGCACCAUCUCCAGGUUGAAGCUGGCCCAGAGCUGCAUGGAGUCCUGUGCGGUUUGUGUGGAAAUGCUAAUCACAGCUCUUCAAAUGGUGUAAUUACAUCUAAUGGCGCUGAUGAGACCCAGACUGUGGAUUUUACCCUCCCAUGGGUAGUGAACACUGACGUAAGCUCCUGUAUUGAGGAUUGUGCCGGUGAUGGUGUCUCGUGCCCAGUGUGCACCCAAAGCCAACCUGGCAUUAAAGGCAGCUCUUUCAUGAAUGGGUGCACUCUACUGCAGAGGAGUGUUGGACCUUUUGCUGAUUGUCACUCAUACAUUGAUCCUGAGCCAUUUGUUCGUAGUUGUGAAAACAACCUAUGUGUGAACGAAGCUGCAUCUACUGUGUGCAAGAUAUUGACGGCCUAUGCCACGAUGUGCCAGAAGGUCGGGGCAAGACUGAAAAACUGGAGAACCAUCGCAAAGUGCACUAUGGCAUGUCCAAUGAACAGCCGCUAUGAGAUCUGUGGCUCUGCCUGCCCUGCCACCUGCGGUAAUCCGGAGUCCCAUCAUAAUUGCUCCCAGCCCUGUGUGGAAUCAUGCCAAUGCAACAGAGGGUAUCUGCUGAGUGAUGGCAAGUGUGUCCCACAUAGCAAGUGCGGUUGUCUCCACCAAGGUUCCUACUAUCUCCCCAAGGAGAAUUUCUGGGUCGACGAACAGUGCCAGAAAGAAUGUGUCUGCCUGCCUAACUCCAAGGCGGUCAUGUGUGGUCAGUCUCAUUGCCAGGAUGGUAAAGUGUGCAAGCUGCUGAAUGGAGUCCUCGGCUGCCACUUGGAUGGGCCUGGGCUGUGCAUAGCCAAAGGAGAUCCUCAUUAUACCACCUUUGAUGGGCGUAACUUUGAUGUCUAUGGCAAUUGUACCUACCUACUCACUUCUUACUGUCCCAGCUGGGGGGACCUAGAAGACUUCAGUGUGGAGGUUCAGAACCAGAUAAGAGAUGCUGCAAAUGUUUCCUUCCGGCGUGUUAAAAUUGUGGUUUCUGGUUAUGCCAUAGAGAUUGCAAGUGAUUGGAGUAACAAGGUUAUGGUUAAUGGCAUGCUAAUGCAUCUGCCAUCUGUGCUGAGCAGAGGCAAAGUGAAGCUCUACAUGGCUGGACUCUCAAAGUGUGUAGAGACCGACUUUGGCCUUGUUGUGACGCACCGCUCUGAUGUUCUGACUGUUCAAAUGCCUCGGAUCUUCUCUGGUCAUCUCUGUGGCUUGUGCGGGAACUUCAAUGCUAAUCCAGAAGAUGAUUUGAUAAUCGACGAUGAAUCUGAUCUCUCUCUGGCUGUUAGACACUGGCAAACCAGCAGUAAACAAGAAUGUGUGGAUGUGCCUUUGCACACGUCAGGUUGCCAUCCCCAAGAUAUUGCUCUUUAUCAGGGGGGGGAUUUCUGUGGACGGCUACUGGAUAGAGAGGGAGCGCUCCAGAGCUGCCACAAAACGGUUGAUCCACAAGAUUUCUAUGACAACUGUGUUCAUGACCUCUGUUACAGUAACCAGACGACCCUGUGUCUGGUUCUGUCCAGCUAUGUCGCUGUAUGUCAAGAAAUGGGAGUUAAAGUGGAUGAAUGGAGAGCUUCUGACUUUUGUGAGCUCUCCUGUCCACAGAACAGUGAAUACCACCUGUGCUCCAGCCACAUGUCUGACUGUGUAGAAAAAACAAGUCCUCUGGCAGUGAAAUGCAAAGAAGGCUGUUUCUGCAAACCUGGGUUUUUUCACAGUGAUGGGGAGUGUGUACCAAACUCUGAGUGUGGCUGCAUUUACAAUGGUAUUUACCAUAAAAUACAUGAGAACUUCUACCCCGAUGAGAAUUGUCAACUGUUCUGUGCCUGUGUAGGCCACAACAGAGUAGAGUGUACAAACCACACAUGUCCAGAUGGAACAAAAUGUGCCAUCCAGGAUGGUCAGAGGGCAUGUCAUGCACCACAACCUGCUAGAUGCACAGUCAUGGGUGGCAGACACUUCAGGAGCUAUGACGGACACAACUUUGACCUUAAUAUGGGAAACUGCCGUUAUGUUCUAUCUCAGAGUUGUGACGAGGAAGAGACUGACCUCACUGUUAUUAUUCAGCAAGGACGACUGCAUUUCAGAAUCCAUGGCGUGAACAUGUCACUGGAGAUGGAGCAUUUGGGGAAAGUAAAGAUUGAUGGUGUUUUAUGGGGUCUUCCUGUCCAGCUGGAUCACAUAGCAAUACUUAAUUCUGGCUCGUUGACCCGUAUGGUUGUUGUUGACACCGGGGUUGUUGUCACAUAUGGUGGGCCUCAUCUGAUCCAAAUCGUGAUCCCUGCCUCCCAUAGAAAAGUGUGCGGCUUGUGUGCAAACAUCAGUUCUGUUCGUACGUACGACCGCACAAAUGGCAGUCUCCCAAAUAACAUUUCCAUCUCUGCAUCUUCCUGGUCACUUUCACCACCUGGAACGAACUGCUCUGAAGAAUGCGAUCACUGUUCAGCGUGCAACUCUACCAUGGCAGCUGAAUUUGCAUCAGAUAACCUCUGUGGCAGUCUGCCCAAUCCUGCAGGAUCCUUUAGUGGAUGCCACUCCACUGUGGACCCAGAGCCUUUCUUUCAGAACUGUGUGAAUGAUUUGUGCAUGUCUAAUGGGAAAGAAGACUUGUUUUGCAGUAGUUUGACAGAGUACACUUUUGCAUGUCAGGAGGCAGGAGCUGAAGUCAGACCAUGGAGGGGUGAGCGGUGCUCGCUCUCAUGCCCCGAAAAUUCUCACUACAAUAUAUGCGUCAGUGCGUGCCCGGAGUCCUGUGGUAUUUUAUCCGAUAUCCCCUGCCCGUGGGCGUGUUAUGAAGGAUGUCAGUGUGACUCUGGUUACAUGCAGCGUGGAAAUGGCUGUGUCAAAGCUGAGCAAUGUGGCUGCUUCUACCAUGGGCACUACUAUGAGAUCGGGGAGAUAUCGUGGGCUGAGGGAUGCUCCGAGCGCUGUAACUGCUCUGCCACUGCCACCAUGUGCUGUAAGCCAGCCUCUUGCCCCGAGGGAGAGGGCUGCACCCUUAACGAUACCUGGGGCUGUACAAGGAAAACUCCUAAUGAUUCUAGAAUCUGUGAACUUGGAGAGACAUGUGGUGUCCAGAGCCAACCUAGGCAAACCCAAUGCUUGGUACUGGGAGGCGCCCAUUUCUACACAUUUGAUGGGAAGGUGUUUGAAUUUCAAGGAAACUGUACCUACACUCUGAUCCAAAUAUUUAAUGAGACCAGCGAGAAUGUGAAAUUUUGGGUUGGGGCACAGAAAGACAGAACCCCAAACAAGGCUUCCUCUCUUCAAGCUAUUCAUGUCAAAGUGGCUUAUGACAGUAUUAAUAUCUACAGAGGGGAAAAAGGCUAUGUUUGGGUAAAUGGCGAGAAAAGGUUUCUACCUGUGACUCUACAGUUUGGACUCGUGAAGAUUCAUCAGGCUGGCAUGUUUGUCAUUGUGGAGACAAGUCUAGGCAUCCAAAUCAAGUAUGACAAAUCUCAUAUUGCCACGAUCAGUCUCCCUAUUAACACAGAAGUCCAGGGUUUGUGUGGGAAUAAUAAUGGCAUCGAAGAAGAUGACCUCAGGACCCCUCAGGGUGAGGCUGUCGAUGCUACCACCUUUGGUUGGAGCUGGAGAGUUCCUGACCCAGAAGCUCUGUGCACUGCAGACUGUGGGGAUGCAUGCCCACACUGCUCCACUGAACAGCUACAGGAGAAAAACGUGGCCCAUCUCUGGAUCUCCCUGCAUGAGUACAUUUGGUUGCCACAAAAUCCAUUCUACUUGUGCCGUGAGGUUGUUAGCUACACUGAAAUCUCCACAGCUGUGAGCAUAUUUGACCUGUGCUCCAGUAAUGACACUCAGAAGACCAUCUGCCUGAUCUUGGAGGCCUACGCUGCCGCCUGCCAAAAUGCCCAGAUUCAGAUCGGAGAGUGGAGGAACAUCACCUCCUGCCCCACGUCCUGCCCACCGAAUAGUCAUUAUAAGUCCUGUGGCACAGCUUGCCCCGCCACCUGUCAGGACCCAUUCGGUUCAAGGCCGUGCACACUGGCGUGUGUGGAGACUUGCCAGUGUGACCCAGGAUUGAUCCUGGAUGGCGACACCUGUGUCCCCUCAUCCCAGUGUGGCUGCACUCACAAUGGUUACAGUUACCACAGCAACCAGACCUUCUGGGCUGAUGAGGGAUGCACCGAACGCUGCGCUUGUGACCCCAACACCCACCAGAUGCAGUGCCAUUCCGAUUCUUGUGGACCAGAUGAACACUGCGGUCUUCAGGAUGGUGUCAGAAGCUGUGUGCCGCACCGCUGGCAGACAUGCAUGCACACGGGUCAUCACGUAGUCACCUUUGACCAGCAUGACUAUGAUUUGCAUGGCACCUGUCAGUACCAGUUAAUGGGCAUGUGUGAACAGCGGCAAGGCCUCGAUGGCAUUGAGGUUUAUAUACAAACAGAUGGACACCUGGAGUCAGCGCUUCAUGUCCUGGUCAACGUGAGUGGUGUGCUUGUAAAGUUAAACAGCAAAAACACUGAGAAUAUAGAGGUGGAAGGUGUCAAGAGGAGCAUGCCCUAUCACUUUGGCCCUGCUGCACUGGCUUUCUCUCUGGGGCUGCACACUUACAUCUACACAAACAGGGGAUUUGAAUUUAGUCUCAGUAGAGAGGGAAUCGUUGCCAUUAAUCUCUCCAGUAAAUAUGCUAAUGCUACUUGUGGCUUGUGUGGCAACUUCAACUCUGAUCCUGCUGAUGACCUCACAGCAAAUGGCACACAGGAGCAUCUGAGCCCUGAGCAGUUUGGAAACGCUUGGAGAAGUGGGCAGAACCCCUGGUGUGUGGAGGGCUGUCUAGGAGGAAGUUGUCCAAAAUGUUCAUCUGAGCGUCUGGCCCGAUUCUCUGACCCGGAGGCUUGCGGGAAGAUUCUGGAAGUUAAUGGACCAUUCAGACACUGUCAUGGCAAAGUGGACCCCUCCAGCUUUUACAAGCGCUGCGUCAGUGACCUGUGUCUUCACGGAGGGCUCCAGCCUGCACUGUGUCACUCCCUGGCAGUGUAUACGGCCGUCUGCCUUACCCACGAGGCUCUAGUUUAUGCCUGGAGGAGCCCUGGAUUCUGCUCCCUGUCAUGUCCCUCCAGUACCAGUUACAACAUGAGUUCUGCUUCUGUUCAUCUCUGCCUCGGCUGGCAGAAUAACACCCUAGAGGUGCCUCAAAACACCGGAGAGAACUGCCUCUGUGAAGCAGGUUUAGUUCACAGUGGCAGCCUCUGUGUCUCUCCAGAAAACUGUGGCUGCUUUCACCGUGGAGAAUACCUCGGGGCAGGACAGGAGGUGUCUACAUGCGAAAAAAGCUGUUUAUGCAAUGCUGGUGGGCACAUGGCUUGCCGUAAUGUCUCCUGUAGAGAGGAUGAGGAGUGUAAGCUUAUUAGAGGUGUUCAAGGUUGCCACCCCAAACCCAAAGUUGCACACUGCUCUGUUGAUGGAUCCCGCUACACCACGUUUGAUGGACAGGCAUUUGAAUUUCACGGUUCAUGUAACUACACCUUGGUGCAGAUGUGCUCUCCAAAGAAACUGGAGCCUGUUUUCAUAGCUGCACAGGGCAACCGUGCUGAGGGUCGACAGAUCUACAUGCAAGUCAAUAAAAUGCAUUUAAAAAUAUCAGCAGCUAUGCCUGGAAAAAUUCAGGUAAAUGGAGUCUAUGAGAACCUGCCAUUCUCACAGAACAACAUCACCGUUCAUCAGAAAAAUGGCUGGAUCAAUAUCAAGACUUCACAGUCAGUUGAACUCAAAUCAGACCUACAAAACCACAUUUGGGUCAUCAUCCCUGACCUCUACCACCAGGCAACCUGUGGCCUAUGCGGGAACUACAAUGACAAUCCUUCAGAUGACCUGCAGCUGCCCAGUGGGACAGUCAUCUCUGAUCCUGACAUCUUUGGGACAUCAUGGAAGUUGUCUGAUACUGAAUUGUCCUGCAAUGACACAUGUGGCAGUUCCUGUGAACUCUGCCGGUCCCCUCUGCCACAGUACACCGCUGAGCUGUACUGUGGCCUUCUCACCCAUCCCACGGGACCAUUUUCCUCUUGUCACCUUUUAGUGUCCCCACAGAAAUACCACUCUGUCUGCAUGAAAGACCUUUGUAUUGCAGAUGGACAGCACUGGGCCCUGUGUGAUGUACUGUGGGCCUAUGAGGCAGCAUGUAAGCAGGCAGUAGGGAUUGUUGACCACUGGAGUAACAUCAUAGGCUGUGUUUAUCAGUGUCCUCAAUUCAGCCACUACAGCCAGUGCGCCAAUGCUUGCUCUUCACUGUGUCCUGAGAUAAGCCAGAUAGUGCAGUGCCCCAGGGACUGUGAGGAUGGUUGCCAGUGUGAUGCUAAACACCUUUAUGAUGGCCAUGCCUGUGUAGCAGCAGAGCAGUGUGGCUGCGAACAGGACGGGAGGAGGUUUGAGGUCUCUGAGAGCAGACUGCUGCAAAACUGUACCAUUAACUGCACCUGUGGGCCUCCUCUCAUCUGUGAGCAGCACUCAUGUCCUGCACUGCACAGUUGUAUAGUUUCAGAUGGAAUCAUGGUUUGCCACAAGGAUGAUCCCUGUCAGGGAAUAUGUGAUGAAACGGAGAAAUGUUACCAGAGAGAUGGUGUGCCUGUAUGCGAAAGCCGUCAGGGUCUGUGUUGGGCCUGGGGAGGCAAGCAUUACCACACAUUCGAUGGAUUCAACUUUAACUUCAAGGGUACAUGUACCUAUCUAAUGGCAGCCAGCAAAGGGGCAGCAUGUGGUCUGACACCCUUUAGUCUCUCCAUAAAGAAUGGCUGCAACAAGAGCAGGGCUAUAGCCUGCACAAAAGCAGUCACUUUGCAAGCUUAUGGGUUCAUCAUCAGGCUCGGGAGUGAAAAUGGCAGCAUACUUGUUAAUGGUCAAGUGGCUAAUAUUCCUGUUAAUCUGUUGCGGGGUAAGAUCAAGGUCUCUCACAAGGGAGGCAAAACUCUACUGAAAACUGAGUUUGGUUUACAUGUAGUCUUUAAUGGGAACUCUGCUGUUCUUGUCAAACUGGACCCACACUACAAGGGCAAAGUCUAUGGGCUGUGUGGCAAUUUCAAUGGUGAACCUAAAGAUGAGUAUCCAGAAGCUAUGCCUGGUUCUCCUCCCAUUAACACAAGUGUGGAGUUCGCUCUGGCCUACCAGCUCUUUGAUGGCGAGAACUGUUUCACUGAGGAUAAACUGGAGGAAGCAAACUUGCCUGCAGAUGAUGUUUCUGGGGUGGCCUCCAGUCAUAAGAAGCGGUGUGCAGUGUUCAGUGAUCAGAGCGGUCCGACGGCACACUGUCAUAAUCGAGUCGACCCUGGUUCCUUCUAUAGAAGUUGCUUAGUCGACCACAUGCUUGAUGGAAGCUCAAACAAUGCUCUUCACCAAGCCAUACAUUCAUAUUCUGUAGUCUGUGAAGAAUCUGAUGUUACCCAUGGUGAAGUGAUGUUUGAUGCACACUGUCCACCAAACAGCCACUACAAGACCUGUGGCUCAGCCUGUCCUCCAUCCUGUGAAUUUAAUUCCACCAACUGUUAUAAGGCCUGUGUGCAGGGCUGCUUCUGUAACCCUGGAUUCAUCAGGAGUCCCACUGGCUGUGUGCGUCCACAUCAGUGCGGCUGCAGAGACUCCAGAGGCAAAUAUCACAGCCUCAAUGCCACUUUCUGGGAGCCAGAAGACUGUGGUCAGCUCUGUGGCUGUGGACCAGUUACUGGAGAGGUCCACUGCCGCCCAGCACGGUGCCCCAGAGGAAUGGUCUGCAAGCAGCUGCAUCACAGGAGGGUGUGUCAGCCUGAAAACCCCCUGAACUGUACCAUCGUUACUGGGCUGCAUUUUACCACCUUUGAUGGUCAUCAUUUUGACUUUAGAGCCAGUUGUGCAUAUUCACUGGUUCAAACAAAGUCCAACCUAACUGGGCAAACACCAUUUAGUGUCACUAUCUCUGAUGCAAGUUGCCGCAAAAGGCUAUUUCAUAGUCUUAACUUAACACUCUCAAUCUAUGGUUUGGAGGUGGCGGUGAGAAAAGACGACCCAGGAAAGGUCUUGUUUGAUGGACUGUAUAAGCCCUUACCUUACUCCCACCAGACAGGCCAUGUUAACGCCCACCGUACACCUUCAUCACUCGUCAUUCACACCGAUGUGGGAUUACAGCUAAUCAUCUACAACAUCGGCACUCUAAUGGUAAUCCUCCCCAGCAGUUACGGCUCUUCUGUCUCUGGUCUCUGUGGGAACGCAAACUCUGACCCUGCUGAUGACCAAAUGAUGCCCGAUGGAGAGCUCGCCCAAAAUAGACUAGAGUUUGCCCACAGCUGGAGGUCUCAAAGAGCUGAGGCCUGUAGGUCUAACUGUUCUUCCAGACUGAAGCGUUGUCCGGCUGAGGCACAGGAGCUUUUUGAAGGCAGUGAUUUUUGUGGGGUGCUGCUAAAUGAACUGGGGCCAUUUGCAGACUGCGCCUCAGUGUUGAGUCCCAAGCAUCACUUCCACAGCUGUGUAGCAGAUUCCUGCUCUUCUAACGGACACUACUCAGCCCUCUGCAGUUCCAUCGCAUCUUAUGCAGCUGCCUGCCAAGCUGCUGGGCUGCCUGUCAGGCAGUGGAGGAGUGACACUUUCUGUGGUAUGUCAUGCCCAAAGAAUAGCCACUAUGAGCUGUGUGGCCCUCGAUGUCCUGUUGUGUGCCUUGGACUGUCCUCUCCAGAAAACUGUAGCGGCGGCUGUGAGGAGGGCUGCCAGUGUGACCCUGGCUACGUCCUGAGCGAUGGCCAGUGUGUGCUGGUUUCUGACUGUGGCUGCAUGCAUGAGGGACACUAUCACCCUGCUGGCCACUUCUACCCUGAGAAAAGCUGCCAAAAGUGUAGCUGUGAAGGAGGAGAAGUGACCUGCAGCCAGGUAGAAAACUGUUCUCUCAAAGACAGCCUUCCCUUGAAGUAUGGGGUUUGCCAAGUGUUUGCUGGCUAUGGCUACAUCACUUUUGAUGGUACUGUUCUGCCUCACCACGGAGCUUGUACUUAUGUAGUGUCAGCCCUCUCCUCUAAAGCUGGUCAUGACUACACUCUGCUACUUAGCUUCACAGAGGAGAGAAAAGGCAUUUUCAGAAUCAGCAGACUGGUGUUCCGUUUGCUGUCAUUUGAGGUGUCCGUGGACCCCGAAACUCUGUGGAAAAUACAAGUAAACGGUGAAGAAUACAGCGUACCUUUCGACAAGGGAGAACUGAAAGCAUACCAAGUUGGAAACAGCCUGGUUAUCGUCACACUAUCUGGGGUGGGAAUUGAUUUUUCUUCGACCCAGUACCUCAGGUUAACUGUACCGCAGGUGUAUGACAGCACAGCUUCAGGCAUCUGUGGGAACUUCAAUGGGGACAAGUAUGAUGACUUGAAGCUGAGAACUGGUAAUCUUACCAAAAGCUUUGCGGAGCUCCUGCACAGCUGGGCCGAGGCUCCCGGACAGCUCUGCACUGACACUUGUGGGAGAGAGUGUGAUGAGUGCAACCUGUCGGCACAUGACAGCCUGGUCUGUGAUAUCGUGCUGAUGAGUAGUACUGAAUUCAACCGUUGCUGGAAUAGUGAUGUGGAUCGCGAUAUUUACCAUCGUAUGUGCAUCAGGGCAGUUUGUUCUGGGGCAGGGGACAUGGCAGCAUGUCUCGCACUGGAGGCAUAUUCUGCAGCCUGCCAGGCUAAGGGAAUAUCAGUCGGACCAUGGAGAGAGAACACUCCUUGUGCUUUCCAGUGUCCUGAACGCAGCAGCCUGGAGGAUUAUGUUGACUCCAGCUCCAACUCGUGCCCCGCUCUGCUCCAGCCUGGUUACUCGGAAAGUGGCUUUUCAGAAGGCUGCCAGUGCCAUUAUGGGAAUGUGUUUGAUGGGGGCGAGUGUGUAUCUUACAGUCAGUGUGGGUGUGUUCUUCAUGGUCGAUAUAUCAAGAUGGAUGGGCAACUGUACACUGAUGACUGCACCCAGAGGUGCUGGUGCCACCCUCUGAGUGGGGUGAUAUGUGAAGAGGCAGGUUGCAGGCCGGGGCAGCAGUGUGCUCUCAGAAAUGGUUUCUGGGGCUGUCAUGACGGAGCUGAAGCUUGUGAGCUCUGGGGCAGCCUCCAAGUCUCCUCACUCGGUGGGCAGCAGCUGGUCUUGGAACCUCAGUUAUCUUAUAGUCUGAUGUCACUCUGUGACGAGGCCAGUGUGCACUGGUUCAACGUGAUCUCUUACCAUGGACCGUGUGAGGGCAGCUCUUCCAGGCUUGUUACUGUGUUUCAUAUCCUCCUGCAUGGAUCAUCAUUUGUUAUAUGGGAUGGCACAGUGAAGAUGAAUGGAAAAUUUGUGUCCCUCCCUCUCACUUUACCGUCAUCGGUGUCCCUGACAUCUGGAGUGAACCAGGAUAAGUCAGAGGUCACCGUGAUCCUGAGGAGAGAUGCUGGGAUGGAGUCAGAGCUGGAGAUUGAAAUUGGUGUUACCAUGUUAACAGUCAAGGUCACUUCCUGGUACUCUGGGAAAUUGUGUGGCCUUUGUGGAGACCUGAAUGACCUCCACCCUCACAGUUCACUGAGGUCAGUGGUUCUCCCCGACUUCCUUGGCUGUGCUUUAUGGGCAGGGAGGGAGUUCGCCCUGUCAUUCAUGCAGAACUAUGUCCCGCACUACGACGGUCCUCACUUUCAGCUGUACAUCACUGCUGUUCAGGCCAAUGCUAAAGUGACGGUGCAAGUGCCUCCCUUGAAGUUCAAGCAAGAGAAGACUCUAAAUGCUGGAGAGACGGUCACCAUCAGUCUCCCCACGAGUGUCGAGAUGUAUGGAAGCCAGAGGUCUCCCAACACGGUGCGCAUUGAAGCCUCAGCAGAUGUGACUGUGACCUCUUUCAACAGCAAACGGUACACAGCAGACACCUCCGUAGUGUAUCCCACCACUGAAUGGGGCACAGAGUAUUUCAUCUUUACACCUCCUGGAUCCCCGUAUGGUACCUAUAAAGAGUUCUCUGUGACGAAUGGAAAAGAGAGCAACAAGGUGGAGAUUUCCCCUCAAGCCAAAAUCUGGUUCCAGCGCCGUAGCUAUGACCGCGGCAGCCGAUUGGUAAUAGAUCUCCAGCCAUAUGAGAGUGUCCAGCUCCAGAGCCCUUAUGAAAUUUCUGGCACCAGAGUUGCCUCCCAGCACCCUGUUGCUGUUGUCACCGGUCACACUUGCACCUGGCGCUUCUCCAAAUGUAAUCAUGUAUAUGAGCAACUACUGCCCGUGAAGAGUUGGGGAUCCAACUUCAUCGUGCCUCCCUUGAGCUUCCAGACCAAAUUCGACAGUGUCUACCUCCUGGCCUCGCAGCCCACCAAAGUCACUCUCAGUAAUGGAGACCGUAAAGAUGUCUUGAGUUUGAACAGGGGAAAGAUUCUGGAGCUCCAAUACCACAAAACUCAAACAUUAACCAUUCAGGCUGACCAUGGAAUCCAGGUCCUCAUGUUCUUUAAUGGUGUAGCACUGGGCGGGCAUGAUAAAUACUAUGACCCUUUCUUAACAACCAUCCUGCCCACACAGCGUUUCUGCUCCUCCUACUCAAUAGAGGCUCUGGAUGGCUUCGAUAACCAAGCCCUGAUUGUAGCACAAACCGGUGCGACGGCAGAGCUGCGUUUAGAUGGCGCAAACCUGCCCAGGGAGGUCCAGUGGAAAAAGGUCCAAGACACAGAUUUCUCGUGGGCGCAGAUGUCCUACAAGAAAACCCCUGGAAAAAAUAGACACACCCUGUCCAGCUCCGGUUCCCCUUUCGCUCUCUAUGCUGUGGGAGUCGGCGAGAUGAAUGGCUAUGGUUCCCUAGGACAAUGCAUACAGCCAGGAGGUGGCUCUUUGUCCUGCAGCAGUAUCACCUGCAGUGCCACCGAGGUGUGUGAGAUGAAGGGUGGGUAUCCCUCCUGUGUCCCCAAACCGGUGAAAAGCAAAUCUGGUACGUGCUGGGCCAUGGGAGAUCCCCACUACCGCACCUUUGACGGGAGACACUAUGACUUCAUGGGUACUUGCACAUACGUCAUCGCUAAAAACUGUGGGAAGGAUGAUCAUCUCCCAGCCUUCGAGGUCCUCGCUCAGAAUGAGAACAGGGGAAGCCUCAGGGUGUCCUAUGUUGCCCUGGUCUCAGUGAAGGUCUAUGGCGUCACCAUUGUUGUAGCUCGGUCUGAGACAGGUCGCGUGAGGGUUGACAAUAAUCUGUGGAGUUUGCCAAUAACCUUGAAGAACAACAAACUGGUUAUGUUCCAGAGCGGUCGUUCUGUGGUCAUUGAGACUGAUUUUGGUCUGACUGUCCAGUAUGACUGGGAACACAAACUUGUGGUCAAACUGUCUGGCAGUUACGCUGGUAAGACUUGUGGUCUCUGUGGCAACUUCAAUGGCAACCCCAAGGAUGAUUUCACUACACCCUCCGGCACCCAGGCAGGUGGAGCGGUGGCCUUCGGGAGCAGCUGGAAGGUGCCAGGGCUGGUGAAAGAUGCCCUGUGCAGAGAUAACUGUGUGGGUGGAUGUGAGCGCUGUGAAAACAACUUGAUGAAAAAAUGGGAGGGUGUUGAGUUUUGCGGGCUCAUCACACUCAUAGAAAAUGGGCCAUUCAGCAAAUGUCAUGGCGUCAUUGACCCACAACCAUACCUGCAGAACUGUAAAUAUGAUGUAUGCAUGGGAGGUGGCCUUCGACAUUUCCUCUGCAGGGCACUGGAGACCUACACUGAGGCCUGCCAGGAAGCUGGGAUCCAGGUCCAAGAUUGGAGGAAGAUGGCACAGUGCCCUGCUAAAUGUCCAGCCAACAGCCACUAUGAACUCUGUGGAAAUGCCUGUCCUGCCACUUGUUCUGACCCCAAAGCUCCUUCCAAAUGCACUCGCCCCUGUGUGGAGACCUGCACCUGUAACGCCGGCUUUGUUUUGAGCGGAAGCGAGUGUGUGCCCGAAGCUCGGUGCGGUUGUACCUACGAGGGUCGAUACGUCCCUGCUUGGGAGUCGUUCUGGGCCGACGAGAAGUGCAAGCGACGGUGUGAAUGUGUUGGUGGAAGCAGACAAGUGCAGUGCAAGGAUAAAAGCUGCGGGGCAGGGCAGGGGUGCAAGGUUGUUGACGGAAGAAUAAAAUGUGAAGCAUACUCCCGCAGCACCUGCCAGGCCACGGGCGACCCGCAUUACAUGACCUUUGACAAGAGGAAGUUUGACUUCCAGGGCACAUGUGUGUACCAACUGGUUGCACUCUGCUCCAAAAACCCGGAGUUGGUUCCGUUUGAAGUGCUAGUGCAGAAUGAUCGCAGGGGCAGCAGGGUGGUGUCAUACACCAAGUUAGUGGAGAUCAAGAUCUACUCUCUCAGCAUUGUUAUUACAAGGACCCACAAGGGCUUGAUUUUGGUGAACAAUGAGCUGGUCAACCUGCCUGCUACCCUGGAUGGAGGGAAGGCAGGAGAGGUAUCUGUGUUUAAGAGUGGCUGGUUCGCGGUGGUCACCACAACCUUCGGCCUCAGAGUCUCCUUUAACUGGAAGUAUGCUGUGUUUGUAACGCUGCCAAGCAACUACCAGGGGGCCGUUUGCGGCCUGUGUGGCAACUACAAUGGCAAUGCCAAGGAUGACCUGAUUCCAAAGAACGGAGACAAACCAGUCUCACCAGUAGAUUUUGGUACCAGCUGGCGAGUGGCUGAAAUCCCAGGCUGUGUGGAAGGCUGUAAAGGGGUGUGUCCUGAUUGUGACAUCACAGAGAAGGUUCGAUACGAAAAGUCAGAUUUCUGUGGUAUGAUGAAAGACCCCAAAGGGCCGUUCCGUGACUGCCACGCUAAGGUGGACCCAGCUAGCUUCUUUGAUGACUGCGUGUAUGAUGUAUGUCUAUAUAAGGGCAGAAAGGAUGUGCUUUGUGAGGCUAUUACAUCAUACACAUCUGCCUGCCAGGAAGCAGGGGCCAAGGUGUACAGCUGGAGGACAAGUCAGUUCUGUGCGAAGAAAUGCGGAGUGCAUAGCCACUAUGAGAUUUGUGAAACUGGUUGUCCUGCCACAUGCAAGAGUCUAUCCUCUUCUAAGAAUUGCAAUACUUUAUGCGAGGAGUCCUGUGCCUGCGACGAGGGGUACAUCCUCAGUGGAGAUAGCUGUGUGCCCUUCUCUCAAUGCGGCUGCCUCUACAAAGACCGCUACUACCGCAUUGGCCAAGUGUUUUACCCCAAUGGACAGUGCCAGGAAGAAUGCAAGUGCACAAAAGACGGAGAGGUCGAGUGCAAGAAGUUCAAAUGCGGCCCAAAUGAGAAGUGUCAAAUACAGGAUGGCGUCCAAAAAUGCCAGCCUGUUGGUAAGGGCAUAUGCCACGCCUCAGGUGACCCCCAUUACCUCUCUUUUGAUGGCCGAACAUUUGAUUUCCAGGGCACCUGCACCUAUACACUCUCCAAGAGCUGCGGGCUGGAAGGCACCCACCUGGUGGCCUUUGCUGUUCAGGUGGAGAAUGUGCAGUGGAAUCAGAUGAGGAGAAAAGUGGUGUCUGUUACCAAGCUGGUUGCCGUGGAGGUCUACGGCUUCACCCUCAUCAUGAGGAACAAUAUGCGUGGAGUCCUGGUAAAUGGAGUGUUUAACUACCUUCCUGUGAAUCUCAAUGAUGGAGCAGUGCAGGUCUUUCAAGAAGGCAUUCGUUAUGUUAUUGCAACAAAUUUCGGCCUGAUUGUCACUUAUGACCUGGUCUAUCAUGUGACAGUCACAGUACCUGGUAAUUACCGUGGUAAGGUCUGUGGCCUGUGUGGCAACUUCAACGGAGACCAAAAAGAUGACUUCCAAUUGCCCAGCCGUCAGCUCACCAAAAAUGUGAAUGCAUUUGGAAAAUCAUGGAAGGUCACCAUCCCCAAUGUGGUGUGUGGAAAUGGCUGCGAAGGGAAUAACUGUCCUAACUGUGACCCAGCUCGCAAGGCUAUCUUUUCAAGGUCCACUUACUGUGGUAUUCUAACAGCACCCAAAGGUCCUUUUGCAGCCUGCCACAGUAAACUGAACCCACAGCCAUACUUUGACGACUGCGUGUUUGAUGUAUGUGCUUCCAAUGGUGAUGGAAAGGUGCUGUGCAACAGCGUAGCAGCCUAUGCCUUCAACUGUCACAUGGCAGGAGUAGACGUCAAAAACUGGAGGACGCCUUCAUUCUGUCCCAUGAAAUGCCCAGCCAACAGUCACUAUGAGGUGUGUGCAGACGCCUGCUCUGCAUCCUGCGAGGGCCUCACAGAGAUCGUCAAGUGCUCCGAGGGCUGCACAGAGGGCUGUGAGUGUAACGCUGGCUUCUUGUUCAAUGGUCAGACAUGUGUUCCAGAGGCUCAGUGCGGCUGCUACGACAACGGAAGAACGUACAAGCCUGGUGAAGUUACGUAUGAUAAAGACUGUGACACAAAGUGCACCUGUAAUCCAGUAAAAGGCCUUGUGUGUGAAAAGUAUUCCUGCCCUAAAAGCACUAAAUGCAUGGUCAAGAAAGGAAUCAGGGCAUGCUACAACACAGAUCCCUGCAAAGAUGCCAACUGUCGGGUCAAGGAGAAGUGCCGUGUCGAGAAGGGUGAAGCUGUGUGCGUCCCUGAGUACACAGGCGUCUGCUGGGCCUGGGGUGAUCCCCACUACCACACAUUUGAUGGUUAUAACUAUGACUUCCAGGGCACCUGCAAGUAUGUUAUCUCCAAGACCUGCGGGAAUGUGGAUGGACUAGUGCCGUUCUCAGUCACUGAGAGGAACGAUAACCGUGGAAACACAGCGGUUUCUUACGUCAGGGAGGUAGAUGUGUCUGUGUAUGGGUACAGUAUCAUCAUCCGCAAGAACCAAGUCGGUCGGGUCACGGUGGACGGGGAGCAGUUGAAUCUUCCUGUGUCCCUGGGUGAGGGUGAGGUGUCAGUGGUUCAGCGUGGUCACUCUGCAGUGGUGGAGACAAGCUUUGGCCUGGUCAUCUCCUACGAUUGGAACUGGAACCUGGUCAUCAGGCUGCCUAGUAGUUACUAUGGCAGCGUCUGUGGUCUGUGCGGCAACUUCAACGGUAACAGUCGCGAUGAGCUCCAGAAUCCAGCCGGCAAAGCUGUCUCCUCAGUGAUCGAAUGGGGCAAGAGCUGGCAAACACCUGAGCAGGACAAGAACCAUCCAUGUUGGGACACGUGUACGAAAAACUGUCCAAACUGUGACGAUAGCCAGUUGAAGCUCUAUAAGACUGAGGCUUUCUGUGGCGCCCUCACAGCCAAGACCAAAGGCGUAUUCCAGAAAUGUCAUGCAAAAUUGGACCCUGAGGCCUUCAUGAACAGCUGUGUGUAUGAUGUGUGUAUGAAUAAGGGAGACAAAAAGAUGCUGUGCCAGGCUUUGGCCUCCUACAGUCAGCAAUGUCGUGAUGAGGGAGUAAUAAUCACGGGCUGGAGGAAGAAGUUUGGCUGCCCGAUGAAUUGUCAGCGUCACAGCCACUAUGAAGACUGUGCAAGCCCAUGCCAGGCAUCCUGCCCAUUCCCAGAGGAGAAGCAGGCCUGUAAAGGUGCCUGUGUGGAGACCUGUGUGUGUGAUAAGGGUUACAUACUCAGCGCUGGUGUCUGCAUCCCUGCUAAAACGUGUGGCUGCUCCUAUGAUGGCCGCUACUACAAGCCAGGCCAGCGCUUUUGGGCUGAUGAGGCUUGUGGACGCCUAUGUGAGUGUGAUACGACCCUGGGCAUGGUGACCUGCCGUGAGGCGUCCUGCUCUUCCAAGGAGAGGUGCACCGUGGUGGAUGGAGAGCGUGCCUGCCGACCCAUUAGUCACGCCACGUGCUCAGCCUCAGGUGACCCGCACUACCGGACUUUUGAUGGCCGUAGGUUUGACUUCCAGGGCACGUGUGUGUAUCAGCUGGUGGGAAUUUGCUCUAAGCAGCCCGGGCUUGUGCCUUUCAAGGUGACUGUGCAGAACGACCACCGGGGAAGCAAGGCUGUGUCCUACACAAGGACUGUCAAGUUCUCCAUAUAUGACAUCACCCUCACCAUCAGCAGAGAAUACCCCUACAGGGUCCUGCUCAAUGGGCAGCUUGCUUCACUACCGCUGGAUUACAAUAAUGAGCUGGUAGUGUCUCUCAGUGGCUGGACAGCUGUAGUGGAGACAGCUGCUGGUAUCACCGUGACCUUUGACUGGCGGAGCACAGUGAGUGUUACUCUGCCCAGCAACUACCAGGACGCAGUCUGCGGCCUGUGUGGCAACUACAACGGAAAAGCUCAGGAUGACCUGACCAUGCGGAACGGCCAGACCGCCAGUGAUGGAGCCAAGCUCGGCGAGAGCUGGCAGGUGGCCCUCGUACCAGGCUGUUCAUCAGUCUGCCAGGGGGCAUGGUGCCAGGCCUGUUCAGACUCCCAGAGGAAAGCGUACGCAGCCCAGAAGCACUGUGGUAUUAUCGCUGACAAGGCAGGGCCUUUCAGAGAUUGUUUCAAGCAUGUGGACCCUGCUCCUUACCUGGAGAACUGUGUGUAUGAUGCCUGUCAUUACCAUGGCCACCAUGGAUCAGUCUGUGAUGCUGUGGGAGUCUAUGCCUCAGCCUGUCAGAGCGCAGGAGUCACCAUCUACUCCUGGAGAAGAGCUGACUUCUGUCCAAUGGAUUGUCCAGCUAACAGUCAUUAUACCCUGUGUGCUACGGGUUGCCCAGCCACCUGUGCCAGUUUAACCUCCCUUGCCACCUGCCACAGGGCGUGUACAGAAGGCUGUGAGUGUGACGAGGGCUAUCUGCUGAGCGGGGAUACCUGCACGCCUGUGAGAAACUGCGGCUGCUCCUACAAUGGCCGCUACUACAGGAGAGGAGAGCGCUUCUACCCUGAAACCGAGUGUCAGGAGGAAUGCGUCUGCGGAGAGAAUGGCGCGGUGUCUUGCCAGAAGGCCAAGUGCCGUAAAGGAGAGACAUGCAAGCUCGUAAAUGGAGUGAAAGGCUGCCACCCUGAGGGGCAGGCCAAGUGUGUGGCUUCCGGUGACCCUCAUUACACUUCCUUUGAUGGACGGAGGUUUGAUUUCCAGGGUACCUGUGUCUAUGUAUUGGCCAAAGUUUGUGAUGAUGACAAAGGCUAUCUGACUCCAUUCACUGUAACUCAGGGGAAUGAGAAGUACGGAAACGGAAAAGUGGCUGUUACCAAGUCGGUUGCAGUGGAAGUCUAUGGAUAUGUCAUUUACAUCCAGCAGAGAGUGCCGUGGAAAGUUAUUGUAGAUGAUGAACUGCUAAACCUUCCUCUCUCCAUGGACAAUGGCCGCCUGAGAGUCACCCAAGAAGGUCGCAAUAUCAUGGUCCGGACAGACUUUGGACUGAUAGUCCUAUAUGACACCGUCUAUUAUGUUGAGGUGAUUGUGCCUUCAACAUACCAGGGUAAAAUGUGUGGUCUUUGCGGCGACUAUGACAAGAAGAACAGCGAUGACUUCAGACUUCCAAGUGGCAAAAUAACAAAAAAUGUCGACGACUUUGGGAAGGCGUGGGUGGUGGACUUGCCAGGGCACGUGUGUGGGGGCUGCGGAGGCCAGUGUCCGGCAUGCGAGCCGGCCAAGGCUACCUUGUACGGAAAACCAGACUCCUGUGGCAUCAUGAGCGCACCAAAUGGGCCAUUCAAAGCCUGCCAUAAAACAAUUGACCCAGCAGCAUAUGUCUCUGAUUGUGUGUUUGAUGUUUGUGCGGCGGGAGGCAAGAAAGACACUCUGUGCGACAGUGUCCAGGCCUACGCUUUGGCGUGCCAGAACUCAGGAGUGAAGCUGGAGCCAUGGAGGAGCAAAUCCUUCUGCCCUGCUUCCUGUCCCCCAAACAGUCACUACGAGGUGUGUGCCAAAACCUGUGAUGAAACAUGCGCCAGCUUCAGUUACCCAAGUACAUGUUCCGAAAGCUGUUUUGAAGGAUGCCAAUGUGAUGCCGGCUUUGUUUCUGACGGCAUCCAAUGCGUGCGCUUGGAAAACUGUGGGUGUGUGCACGCUGGCAGAUAUCUAACGGUGGGCCAGAAAAUGGUGGACAAAGACUGCAAGUCUAAGUGUGAGUGCCAGGCCUCUGGGCUGGUGAAGUGUGAAAAGCUGUCCUGUGCCAGUGGAGAGGUUUGUAGUGUGAGAGACGGGGUCAGGGGCUGCCACGUCAAACAGGGCAAAUGCAGUGUCAGCCACGUCGGCCACCUCACCUCCUUUGAUGGCAUGUCUGGAGCGAUAGGGGCUAAAGGGGCAUUUGAAGUGGCGUCUCUGUGUGACGAGGCGGCUAAGCUGUGGUUCCGUGUGGUUGUGGAUGUCAGGAUCUGCAGUAAAGGUGCAUCUCCUGCUGUUGCAACCGUGUACGUGUACUUCAAGGAAACCAGCAUCGCGGUGAACAGCCAACACGCAACCUGGGUGAAUGGCAGGAAAAUGUCUCUUCCCAUCAAAGUGGCGAGUGACGUAUCUGUCCAAAUCUCUGAGAGGUCUGUGAUCAUCGAGAGGACGUCUGCUGUGCGGGUCACCUACUCAAUUUCACAGGAGGUCACCGUCAUUAUUGACAGUAGCCUGUCUGGUAAAAUGUGUGGUGCCUGUGGCAACUACAAUAACAACUCCAAAGAUGAUAUGAAGACUGCCGAUGGGAAAAUCACCACUGAUGUGUCUGUGAUUGUUGGCUCCUGGAGCGCCGGGGACUUUUCUAGGUGUGGCCUGUAGAGAUGUUGGUCCUGCGGCAACAGAAAGCAUCUGGUGCAAAGGAUGAAGAUGAAUGUGAAGUUAUUCUUGUUUACAGCCAGUCUUGCUCAUCACACUUCAGUACUUCCUCUUGAUUCAUGUAAUGGUUGAGGUUGUUUACAGGCAGUCUGCGCCUCUAUUGUUUGCCUUGGAGUGAUAGAAAAAUGUGGCUCUGUCUUGACCAACAUCUCCACCUAGUGGAGGAGGAAACUAUAGCAACUGCAGCCUCAAGCAACUUUUUACACUGUAUCUGUCCUAUUAUACUUGCCUUGUUUGUAAAAAUGUGUGUUUUACAAAACUGCUCUUUGCUGUUCUGACUAAUAAAUACUUG